UUAUAGGGAGAAGAAUAAUACAUUUGUUCAUGAACUUGUUGUGCAGUACAAAUUCAAUGUGUGGUAUUUAAAUAUAUAGGUGAAAGUAAUUUCUCAUUUAAUUUUUAGAACCCUGCGACUGUGCACUGUAUAUACAGAUUGUUAUGUAAAUGCGUAUAUCACCAUGGUUUUGUCAAAAGUUAAUCGAAUGAUUUUGAGUUUGUUUAUAUGCUAUCUUCUUUUUAAUGUGGUACAAAGCAAGCAGUUCAAUUCUGGGAGUGGGACCAUCAACCAUGAUGUUAUGUGGGACCCACGACAAAACGUAGGAUUCACCCCCGGAAACGAAUAUUCCAUCGAGGUUCAUAUGAGAGACUACAUGAAUAUUCACUGCCCUAUGUAUGAUGCAGAUAACGAAGCUAAGCUUAGUUUCAUCAUCUACAAUGUUAGCGAGCAAUCAUAUAACAGUUGCUUAAUUGGAGAAAGUGAAAAGGUGAUUUUAAAAUGCAACAAUCCCUUCCACUCGCGGAAAUUGACGUUUAGGUUUCAGAGACAGAAGACUUUGAAUGUUGUAUUUCAGCCUAAUCAAGAUUACUACUUUAUGGCGUUCAAAAAAGGCGUAGUCGAAACUUGCGAAACGGCAAUGAAAAUGACAAUUCAUGUUUUACCAAAAAACAAGUCCAAGUAAAUUGCCUGGCCAUAGUGAUGUCGAUGUUGAAAUAUUUUGAAGAUGCUGUUCUGCAUGAAAUGCUGUUGUACGAUAACAAAUAAAAUAUCACCAGGGCACACCUGUUUUAAAUGCA